UAACCGCAGGGCUCUGCGCGGGAACGCUAACCUGGUCCGGAGCGAGCGGCGGAUUCAGCUCGGCCCACGACGUUUCGCGAGUCUUCAAGCCUUCAGUCCUUCUCUUAGUCAAGAUGAGUGAUAAGCCAGACUUGUCGGAAGUGGAGAAGUUUGACAGAUCAAAACUGAAGAAAACUAAUACCGAAGAAAAAAAUACUCUCCCCUCUAAGGAAACUAUCCAGCAGGAGAAAGAGUCUGUUCAAACGUCAUAAAAUGGGGAUCUUCUCCCUAGAGCGAAUUUCAACAUUGCCUGAGAGUCUUGGUUUUAGCCUUGUUUUUUGUAAACUAUGUGUUUGUAGAGAUUUUAGGCAACUUGUGAUGUCUUCUCACCUAUACUCCUUGGCUAAUAAGUCAGGAGUAACCAAUUUUCCCUUAAGUUCAUUUUAAAACUUCCCAUUGGUGUAUAAAUUCCAGGUGGCAGAUGCUGUCAGUCUCACCAUUGAUGGCCUUUGUGUGUGUAGUCCUUGUCCCACCUACAGGAUGAGCCAAUUUUAACCUUCUACAAUGGGUGCCUCCAUUGCUUCAUAAUCUUCAUGAAGUUUCAUGUUUUUGUAGCUUCUCACAGUUUAUUUUCAUUUCUAAUGUAGCAAUAAAAUAUGAAUA